AUGCGCCUCACCUUCGGACUUACGUGGGUGGCAGCUCUGGUUGGCUCCACCCUUGGCAGGCCGGCAGCUCAGGAAGACUCAGCUGUGUCUUAUGUCGACGCUGAGACUGGCUUCACCUUCUCUGAGUACAAGGUGGCGUACUCGCUCUCGGGUAACGUUGUGUUCCGUGUGGCCACUCCUGCCGCUGCAGUCCAAGGCCAGCCUUUCGACAUCGUUCUGCAGAUUGUCUCCCCGACCUCCGGAGGUUGGGCCGCUGUAGCUUGGGGUGGCAGCAUGGUGAAGAACCCCAUCACCAUGGGCUGGGCUAAUGGCCAAUCGACUGUAGUCUCAUCUCGUUGGGCAUCUGGUCGCACACUCCCGGGCGCCUACACUGGAGCAACCUACACCAAACUCAGCAACGGCAACAAAGUAAACGGCACUCACUGGCAAUUGACCGUCAAGUGCACCGGCUGCUCCGCCUGGGACAACAUCCGAUUGAACCCCAAAGGCAGCAACAGACUCGCCUUGGGCUAUGCAAAUGCCAAAGUGUCCCAGCCAUCCAGCAACACAUCCUCUUUCGGCAUUCAUGACGUGCACCCUUACUGGACGCAAGACUUCACUCAGGGUGCCAACCCCAACUGGGACGCACUUCUGGUCAGAAACGGCGUUGCAUGA